AUGAAGAGUAUUCAGGAAUAUACAAUCCUGUGGAACGCUACUGAAAGUGGAACCUUCAUCAUUCAGGUGAUGAGACAAAGGGAGCGAAACAACAUGAAGAAGAGUGAAAUGUGGAGCAAAAUUAAGAAGAAAUGUGAAAUUUUUAGUCUCAUGUCUUCACUUUAUAAUGGCAAUGGUCAACAAUAG